GUGUCUGUGGAUGUGUCAGCAGUCAGUCUCCAGCUGCGGAGCGGAGCGGAGCGCACGGCACAGCGGAAAGCCUGAAGCAGAGCCUCCGCUGGACAUUUGUAGACUUUGAAUCUGAAUGAGAACAUUUGGACGGAACUCAGACCAACAUGGAACCACAGGGCUGUUCUGAAUCUUCAUCUUUACGCGGAGUUGUAUCUGUUUUCUUCUUCUUCUUCUGUGCGCUGCUGGAGCCCGGAUCCGCCGGAAUGCCUGCUCUGUACCCGUUACAUUUGCUGUGUAAGUUCUGUGAUGUGGAGCCGACGUCCUGUAGCGGUACAGGAACCUGUAUGACCAACUGCUCCAUCACAUCCAUCUGUUCAUUACAAACAGAGGUCUGUGUUUCUAUCUGGAGGAAGAACGAGAGCAGCUACUCCAUUGAAACUCUGUGCCAUGAUCCGGCCAAACCGCUGUACGGCGUCAUGUUGGACGACUACAACAGCUCCACCUGUGACAUGGAGGAGAAGAACACCACCAGUGGAAUGGCUUACUUCUGCUCAUGUUCUCAGGAAGAGGAGUGCAAUGAGAAACUGCAUUUUCCCCCCAUUGCGGAUCCGACUCCAGAUCGUCAGUUCCUGUCGGUGAUCCUGGUGAGCCUCCUGCCCCUCCUGCUGGUGGGGAUUGUGAUUGUGGGCAUGUUCUACUGGUACAGAGUCUCUCGCCAACGCAUGCUCAACCAGGAAUGGGAGAGCAGCAUCAAGAAACGCAAGCCUAAAAAUGGAGGGCUGGACUGCAGUGAAAGCUGCGCCAUCAUGAUGGAUAACGGUUCAGACAGUAGCUCCACCCACGCCAACAACCUGAACCACAACACGGAGCCGCUGCCCAUAGACCUGGAUCUGCUGGUUGGUAAAGGCCGCUUUGCUCAGGUCUACAAGGCCAAGCUGAAGCAGACCACCUCGGAUCAGUUUGAGACGGUGGCUGUGAAGAUCUUCCCCUACGAGGAGUACGCUUCCUGGAAGAACGAGAAGGACAUCUUCUCCGACACAGACCUCCGACAUGAGAACAUCCUCCACUUCCUGACGGCGGAGGAGAGGAAGGUGGAGCGACAGUACUGGCUCAUCACCGCCUUCCAUCCCAGGGGAAACCUCCAGGAGCACCUGACCCGUCACAUGAUCAGCUGGGAUGAGUUACGGGUGCUGGGCAGCUCAUUGGCUCGUGGUGUCGCCCACCUCCACAGUGACCACCUGCCCUGUGGACGCCCUAAGGUGCCCAUAGUCCACAGAGACCUGAAAAGCUCCAACAUCCUGGUCCGAAACGACCUGACGUGCUGCCUGUGUGACUUCGGUCUGGGUCUCCGAUUGGACAGCAGUCUGUCUGUGGACGACCUCGCCAACAGUGGACAGGUGGGCACAGCGCGGUACAUGGCCCCCGAGGUCCUGGAGGCCCGGCUGAACCUGGAGAACAUCGAGUCCUUCAAACAGACCGACAUCUACUCCAUGGCCCUGGUGCUGUGGGAGAUGACGUCGAGGUGUGAAGCCAUCGGAGAGGUGAAAGACUACGAGCCUGCAUACGGAUCCAAAGUACGAGAGCACCCCUGUGUGGAGAGCAUGAAGGACAACGUUCUCAGAGACCGAGGAAGACCUGAAAUCCCCGACAGCUGGCUCAGGCAUCAGGGCGUGGCAGUGAUCUGUGCCACUAUCAAGGAAUGCUGGGACCACGACCCCGAGGCCCGACUCACCGCUCACUGCGUGGCCGAGCGAAUCUCAGAUAUUGAAGAUGAGAUGGAGAAACUGUCCAGUCGCAGCUCGUCCGCGGAGAAGAUUCCAGAAGAGCUGAAGAUCCCGAUAGAGGUGCAGAUCCCAGAGGAGGUGAAAAUCACAGAACUGCAGGACAUCAUAGCCGUGGACUGUUCCGUUAGCGACGAGAAGUGAGAGGAAACCCAACGCCCUCACAUCCAGGGGGGGAUCUUUCACCAAAGGCACUUAUUGACUCUGAUGGGAUGGAAGACGGUGACGCUGAGCUGAGCUCCGCCCUCCCUCCCUCCCUCCCGCCCCUUUGAGCCGGGUCACAGUCAGACUGACAGUGUCAUAUGUAUCUGUAGCCCAGCAUGAGGCCAGCUUUAAGACAUACUCCGGGUGAUGCUUCUGGACUUCACGUCCUCUUAAAUCUAAGUCCUUUAUCAGCUGAAACGCUCCAGAGCCACAAAGCCAAAGUUAACUGGAAGCUUCCAAAGAAGUGCUGAGUGUGGAGACGGUGUUUGAAGAGUCCGACUGGCUUCCGUCUGAGCUAAAUAAACAGGGCAAUAACUAUUAAACCAAAGACAUUUGAUGUGCACUUUACCAUGUGAUAUGUAUGCUUUACAGAUGUGUUAAUUUAUAUGUGCUUGUGCUCGAAAAUGUAGACGUUAGGGGAGAGUUUUGUGUAAAAGUGCCUUCGUUUGCUUAACUUUGAGCCAGAAUGUCAUCAGCGUAUCGCCUUAACACUAAAGAUGGCCUCCAUCCUCACCAGCAGGAAUCCAAAGGAAUGUGUGUGGAUGAUGAUGAUGAUGAAGAUGUGUGUGCAUGGGUGUGUGUUGGUUGUUGUGUACGUGUGUGUGUGCGUGCGUGCGUGCGUGUGUGUGUGUGUGUGCAUGCUUGUGUGGGUUUUUACACAGCUACUUGUUUGCCAGACAAACAAGCACAAUGUACAUAGAGACAAAAACUGUACAGAAGAGACAAAUCAGCCAAAAAGGGAAUGUAAUCCCACUACUUAUCUUAUGAAUGCAGAUAUUAAAAGCUUCAUAGAGACAUAUUUUUGAAUAAUGUUGUAUGUUUUGUGUCUGUAUCAGGAACUGAGGAGUGUGCCAAAGAUAUUUUGCCUUACAUACAAUAUGUGUCAUAUGUAAAAUAUUGUGAAUCUUUUAUGAAUUAAAGAUAUUUCUGUAUACCAAGA